AUGAUACGCGAUCACGUGCCGAGUCUUGGCGAUCGCGAUCCACAUACGCGACAAAACUUUGAAAUUAUCCGCUUGCACUGUCUCCAAAAUAUGUCAGAAGCAUGCCAUUCGCCUCCUGCAGCGCCUGCAGUGGAGCUCUCCAAAGCUGAGCGCUUCAAAGCCACUCACCUCGCUGCGCGCCAUGGCAACUACCACCAAUACUACACCAAAUUCCGAGCGCCCACCGUUCCAGACGAGCGCCUUUCCAUUCUCCCAGCAGAUAUCCUCCGCAACGCGCGAGUCAUUGACCUAGGCUGCAAUGCGGGCAAAUUGACACACGAGGUGAUGGCGCACUGCGGCGCAGCUGCCUCAGUUGGAGUCGACAUCGACCCGUGGCUGGUCGAGCAGGCGAAGGCAGCGUACCCGGACGGGCCUUGCACAUUCGAGCACUUUGACUUCGUGGAUGCGUCCGCGUACACGGGUACUGCGUUGGGUAAGUUCGACGUUGUCCUACUACUCUCCGUGACCAAGUGGAUUCACCUCAACAACGGGGAUUCCGGGAUCUUGAAACUAUUUGCGCACAUACAAAGCAUCUUGAAUGAUGGGGGCUAUCUUGUCAUGGAGCCGCAGCCUAUGAGCAAUUAUGCAAGAGCUUCCAAGAAGAAUAAAGAAUUGAGAGAGGCGUACAAGACAAUUCAGAUCAGGCCACCAUUUGAGGAUGAGCUGAAAGCGCAGGGAUUCGAGAGAUUACUAAAAUUUGAGAGGGACGAGGAGGGAUUUGCUCGGCCCGUACAUGUUUGGAAAAAAUUAUCAUGA